AGAGAGAGAGAGAGAGAGAGAGAGAGAGAGAGAGAGAGAGAGAGAGAGAGAGAUUUAAACAUCUUGGGGGAUUGGAGUAAGAGAAGAGAGUGAAAACGGGUGAGAAGAGCAUCAUUUCAUUCUUUGGAAAUGGCUUUCACAAUGGAUCAGAGCAGUGAAGAGAUGGUGUUCUCGGUAGAGUCUCAGAAGUCAGUGCCAGCACCAUUCCUGAUAAAGACAUACCAGCUGGUGGAUGACACUCGCACUGAUCACAUUGUGUCUUGGGGUGAAGAUGAAACCACUUUUGUUGUGUGGAGGCCUCCAGAGUUUGCUAGAGAUCUCCUCCCUAACUACUUCAAGCACAACAAUUUCUCCAGUUUUGUUCGCCAACUUAAUACCUAUGGCUUCAAAAAGAUAGCUACAGAUCGAUGGGAAUUUGCAAAUGAGUACUUUAGAAAAGGUGCGAAGCACUUACUAUCAGAGAUCCACAGGAGAAAAAACCCUCAGCUCCAUCACCAACACUACUACCACGACCAUCAAGCACACCAAUUUUUCCAACCUUCAGGUGAUCAGAUUGGUAAUUGGUUUGAAUCUGAUCCAUUGCCAUCUCCAAAACCGAAUACCGAUAUCCUCACAGCUCUUACCGAAGAUAAUCAAAGACUGAGGAAAAAAAACUUCAUGCUCUUAUCUGAACUUGCCCACAUGAAGAAUCUCUACAAUGACAUCAUCUACUUCAUUCAAAACCAUGUAAAACCAGUACCCUAUGAUCAAAAAAGCAGUGAUUCUUCUGUUCCAAUGCUCAUAGAUUUGGAUUCUUCAUGUCAGGUUCAGAGUUUUGUGGGUUUUCAAGGUUUUAAAAAUGGCAGCAUGGGUAAGUCUUUGGUGACUAAUUCAACAGAGGAAAGAGAUCAUAGCACCGCUGCUGUCAAGCUCUUUGGGGUCCCUCUCAGUGGCAAGAAGAGAUUGUAUUCAGAAAAGGCUGAUCAUCAACCAGAAGUGGAGUUUGGUGUCUGAGAUGUUUAAUUAGCUUCUAAUUUUUGUAGGCUCCCAUCAUUUCAGAAAAAAGGCUAUGUACAGUUUAAGAAUUGAAUUUUAGCUCAGGUUAAGAGCACAAGGUCCACAAAUUUGGGGUUUC